GAAUGGAGACAUGGGACAUGAUUGGAAGUCACAGAAAUAUUUAGAGAGAGAGCGAGAGAGAGUGGACAGUGGACAGCAUGUGAUGGCUAAUCAUCUACUUUGUGCAUUGUAGGGCAGAAGGAUCAAGGGUCAGCCUGGCAUCCAGCCACCAGCCCCAAGGCCAGACCCCACCUCAACGGUUAUCUCUCUCCCUCUCUCUCCUCCUUUUCUGACCGACCAGUACUCUUUCGUCUCUCUCAUGCCUCCACAAAUUUUCAAUUGCAACCUACUUUCUUUUCUUUUUUUCCUUUUUUUUUUCUUUUACCGAAAAAGCAAUCUAUAUUUUUCAUUUGCAAGCAGAGCAGAGAGAGAAACAGAGCUUAUCCAUAAAUGCUCUUCACGCCCCCCAUCCAUUAAAGCAAUCGCCUCCACUAGCGAGAGAGAGAGAGAGAGAGAGAGAGAGAGAGAGAGAGCUCUAGAGAGAUAAAUUGCUGUAGAGUGUUCACUGUUCAGUACUCGGUAACUACUACUGCCCACUGAGAAGCUAGGAACAAGGAGAAGAAAGAAGAAGAAGAAGAUGUCGAAGGAAGUAGUGAGCGAAGAAGGGCAGCGGAAGGACUACGUGGACCCUCCACCGGCCCCCCUCAUCGACACCGCCGAGCUCAAGCUCUGGUCCUUCUACAGAGCCCUCAUCGCCGAGUUCAUCGCCACCCUCCUCUUCCUUUACGUCACUGUCGCCACAGUCAUCGGCCACAAGAAGCAGAUCGGCCCCUGCGACGGCGUCGGCCUCCUCGGCAUCGCGUGGUCCUUCGGCGGCAUGAUCUUCAUCCUCGUCUACUGCACCGCUGGCAUCUCCGGGGGUCACAUAAACCCGGCGGUGACGUUCGGGCUGUUCUUGGCUCGGAAGGUGUCCCUGAUACGCGCGGUGGCGUACAUGGUGGCGCAGUGCUUGGGAGCCAUAUGCGGAGUGGGGUUGGUGAAGGCUUUCAUGAAGCACUUCUACAACUCCCUCGGCGGCGGCGCCAACUCUGUCGCUCACGGUUACAGCAAGGGCACAGCUCUCGGCGCCGAGAUAAUCGGCACCUUCGUCCUCGUCUACACCGUCUUCUCCGCCACCGAUCCCAAGAGAAGCGCCCGCGACUCCCACGUCCCUGUGCUGGCUCCGCUGCCAAUUGGGUUUGCAGUGUUCAUGGUGCACUUGGCCACCAUCCCCAUCACCGGCACUGGCAUCAACCCUGCGAGGAGCUUCGGUGCUGCUGUUAUCUACAACAAUGAUAAAGUCUGGGACGACCAUUGGAUCUUCUGGGUUGGACCAUUUGUGGGAGCACUGGCAGCAGCAGCAUACCACCAGUACAUCCUGAGGGCAGCAGCCAUUAAAGCUUUGGGAUCUUUCCGCAGCAACCCCACCAACUAAACAAGAACACCCACCCACGCUCACCCCUUACCCACCAUUCCUCAUCCCAAAGGAAAAAAGAAAAGAAAAAUUCCAUGAAGGCUAGCUGAUCAUUAUCUCUCUUCCCUCGCCCAUAUCCAUUUGUUUGUUUGUUUGUGUGUACGAGAGGAUGAUGCAGAUCCUCCUUCUUUUUUUUUUUCCCUUUAUAAUUUUUUUUUCCUUAGUUUGGCUGUGUAAUAUUGCUGGAGUUAGGCCUAGUGGUGUUUGGUUGGUGGUCAUGGUUUCUUCUUUUUUUCUUUUUGUGUGCAGUGCUGCAAAUUCUCUGGUCUUUAGCAUCAUCAAGCCUCUCCUAGUAUAUUAUUAUGUACUGUUUAUUCUUCUAAUGCAUUCUUUAUCUAUGAAAAAAAUCCCGCUCACACAUUAUGGUUCAUCUCAAAAAGAAAAAAAAAAAAAAGAGAAAAAAUACCCAAGACGCAUUUGUUUGAAUGGUCACAAGAGAACAACAAUCAGAUCCCAGCUUGUCCUAUGAUGCAUCAUGGUAUAUAGAGAACGGUGCGAAUUCCGAUCCGAGACACCAACACGCAAAUGAAUCGACUCGAGUCAAGUUUUGUCUAACUCAUCAAACUUCGCAAUCAGAACCCAGCUUCUCCUAUGAUGCAUCAUGCUAUAUAGUGAAUGGUAAGGAUUCCACUAAGAUGUAGGGCGCAAAUGAGUCGUCGGGCUAUCCCAGCAUGGUAAGGAUUCCACUAGAAGUAGGUUGCAAAUGAGUCGUCGGGCUAUCCCAGUAUGAUUAGGAUUCCACUAGAAGUAGGGCUGCAAAUGGGAUUCCACUAGAAGUAGGCUGCGAAUGAGUCGUUGGGCUAUCCCAGCAUGAUUAGGAUUCCACUAGAAGUAGGGCUGCAAAUGAGUCAUCGGGCUAUACCAGCAUGCAUCAUGGUAUAUAGUGAAUGGGGGAGGAUUCCAGCAAAAUGAAUGAGCUCACUAAUAGUUUUAUUUUUUAGGAUCUCUUAUUUUGAAGGAUGCGAGUUCUAUUAUGCAAAAAAGGGCUGCCCUAGAGUUCUUUCCUUCCGGGAAGGUAGCAUAUUGACCUUGAACUAAUUUUAUCAUUUAAGGUUACUAGAGUUUAUGUAGCUUAAUUCAUUCUCAUAUAAACUAAAUUCAUAAAUAAUUUUGACUCAAGUCUAUUGAAUGAAUCAAACCUCCUCAAGUUUAAACCUAGUCUACGAGAGAAUGAGUUCUUGUUUAAUUCAUUUGGAGCCCUAACCAGAUUUAGGGCGCACAGAGAGAGAGAGAGAGAGAGAGAGGUGGACUGGUCUGCCUGUGAGUCUCUGCAUGUGGUGGGGAUGGGCUGAGAGAAGCGAGGGCAGGCCAGGUCUGCUUUUGGAGAAAAAGCCAACCAGUGGGACUACCAAGCUGUAAGCCCUAAACCCACUAGAGAAGCAUGUGAUGUGAGUGAGGAGGGUGGGUGACAUGCCAUCCAGCUGUCGCCACGUGUCAAGCAAAUAGUGGGGUAGCAAAGUCAUGCUCACCACAUGGUGUGGGGCCCCCUAGAUGAUGAUGAUGAUGAUCAAAACAAUCUUUUUGUUAUUGGUGGAAGUUGGAAGAACCAAUUUUUGAUGAUGGGACCGAAGAGGCAUUACCGAAAUAAAGAAGUGGUUCUCGUGAUGGAUUAGGAUGACCGACCCUUUUCUUUUUCUUAACCUAUCAUGCUUUACUAAUUCUGUGCCACUUCUGGGUGCCCCACGCAGAUUUCAAACGCAGCCUCAAUCCUUCAGAUGGAGGAAAUAAAAUAAACAGGAGGACCCAUUAAUAUUACACUGGCCUGGCUACAAUAGUUAGAGCUCAUUCCGGUUUUAAUAUUAAUUUAUUUAAAAAUAUUUUUAAAAAGUUUGGGUCCUAAACAAAUGACCCUGAAUGGCUCGGCCUUUUUUAAAUAAAAGAUGCGGGAUGAUCUAUUAUAUUUUUAAUCUGGAAGAGCUCACCGCCCGUUGACACAUGUUGUCAAAAAAUGCUACUUGGAGUAACAUUUUUUACUAUAAUAUUUCAUUUCUUUCUCCUUCCUCUCUCUCUCUCUCUCUCUCUGCAAAUCACAGAGCAGGCCGAGAACGAGUUGGACAUCACAGAGGGGAGGACGAUCUGACGAGCUCUGAACUUGUAGGUGACCAUUGAAUGAUGUGAGACGAAGUAGAAUGUGAACAUUGAGAAGGUAUUAUUAUAUAAAGAAGGCAGAUGGGGUAUGGUUUUCUACAUUAAAUAUUGUUCUUGUUUUGCUAUGAUUUGGAAUUUUGAGUACAAAUUUGUGUUAGUUCGUAGUAGAAAUUAGUAUUUUAUACGUUGAAUUUGGUUGUAUUGAACUAAAUUUGGUAAUUUGAAGCAUCCUUCGGGAACCCCAAUUUGAGGUUUUUUUCA